GGUUAUCGAAUAAUCCGUGUUUUCGUCGUACGCGCCGCUACCACUGUGAACUCUGAAGCGGAAACGGUCUAGUCAUUGUACAACGCUUACUUGAGCCGAGCCCACUCAUUUUUCUGUCGUCGCUCGCCUAGUUUGUUUCUUGUUGUCAGUUCCUCAGCUGUCUGGACAAGUCUAAUCAACUUUUUAUUCCUAUAUUGAUAUAAAAAAAACCACUAUAUCAAAUUUAAAAUGGCUGCCAAAACUCCUGCUGUUGGUAUUGAUUUGGGUACAACCUACUCUUGUGUGGGUGUUUUCCAACACGGUAAAGUAGAAAUCAUUGCUAAUGACCAAGGAAACCGUACUACACCUAGUUAUGUCGGUUUCACUGAUACCGAACGUCUCAUUGGUGAUGCUGCCAAAAACCAGGUCGCCAUGAACCCCAACAACACAAUCUUUGAUGCCAAGCGAUUGAUUGGUAGACGUUUUGAAGAUGCUACUGUACAAGCUGACAUGAAACAUUGGCCAUUUGAGGUAAUCAGCGAUGGUGGCAAACCCAAAAUCAGAAUUUCCUACAAAGGAGAAAACAAAGUCUUCUCCCCAGAAGAGGUAUCAUCCAUGGUUUUGACCAAGAUGAAGGAAACCGCUGAAGCCUACUUGGGAAAAACUGUAUCAAACGCAGUUAUCACUGUACCUGCAUAUUUCAACGAUUCCCAACGUCAAGCUACCAAAGAUUCUGGUACCAUUGCUGGUUUGAACGUAAUGCGUAUCAUCAAUGAACCUACAGCCGCUGCCAUUGCAUACGGUCUUGACAAGAAGACAUCUGGAGAACGCAACGUUCUGAUCUUCGAUUUGGGUGGUGGUACUUUUGAUGUUUCCAUCUUGACCAUCGAAGAUGGAAUAUUCGAAGUCAAGUCCACUGCUGGAGACACUCACUUGGGAGGUGAAGAUUUUGACAACAGAAUGGUCAACCACUUUGUACAAGAGUUCAAACGCAAGUACAAGAAGGACGUGACCACCAACAAAAGAGCCUUGAGACGUUUGAGGACUGCCUGCGAACGUGCAAAGCGUACUCUUUCCUCUUCCACCCAAGCAAGCAUUGAAAUUGAUUCGUUGUUUGAAGGUGUCGACUUCUACACAUCCAUCACUCGUGCUCGUUUUGAAGAAUUGAACGCCGAUCUUUUCCGUAGUACCAUGGAACCCGUAGAAAAAUCUCUACGUGACGCUAAGAUGGACAAGUCUGCCAUCAAUGACAUUGUAUUGGUUGGAGGUUCUACCCGUAUCCCCAAAGUACAGAAAUUGUUACAAGACUUCUUCAACGGCAAGGAAUUGAACAAAUCCAUCAAUCCCGAUGAAGCUGUUGCCUAUGGUGCCGCAGUACAAGCUGCCAUCUUGCACGGAGACAAAUCUGAAGAAGUCCAAGACUUGUUGUUGCUCGAUGUCACUCCUCUGUCUUUGGGUAUUGAAACUGCUGGUGGUGUGAUGACCGCUCUCAUCAAGCGUAACACAACCAUCCCGACCAAACAGACCCAGACUUUCACCACCUACUCUGACAACCAACCUGGAGUCUUGAUCCAAGUUUAUGAAGGAGAACGUGCCAUGACCAAAGACAACAACUUGUUGGGAAAAUUCGAAUUGACUGCUAUUCCCCCCGCACCACGUGGAGUCCCCCAGAUCGAAGUCACCUUCGACAUCGAUGCUAAUGGUAUUUUGAACGUCAGUGCUAUUGAAAAGUCUACCAACAAAGAAAACAAGAUCACCAUCACCAACGACAAGGGACGUUUGAGCAAGGAAGAUAUCGAGCGCAUGGUUAAUGACGCCGAAAAAUACAAGAAUGAAGAUGAACAACAAAAGAAUGUAAUUGCUGCCAAGAACGGUUUGGAAUCUUAUUGUUUCAACAUGAAGAGCACAAUGGAAGAUGAAAAAAUCAAGGACAAGAUCCCAGAUACCGAUAAAACUGUAAUUCUUGAUAAAGUCAAUGAUACUAUCAAAUGGUUGGAUGCUAACCAACUAGCUGACAAGGAAGAAUAUGAACACAAGCAAAAAGAAUUGGAAGCCAUUUGCAACCCAAUUAUCACUAAAUUGUAUGCUGGCGCUGGUGCUGGUGCCGGUGGCAUGCCUGGAGGUAUGCCAGGAGGUUUCCCUGGUGGUAUGCCAGGUGGUUUCCCUGGUGGUGAUGGUGGUGCUGGAGCUGCUGGUGCAGGCGCUGGCCCAACUAUUGAAGAAGUCGAUUAAUUAUUAUAUUAAUAUUAUGCACAUUCCUAUAUUAAAUAAAAAGUAUUCCUUAUUGAGAAACUGGUAAUUUAUCCUUUCUUUGUUAUAAUCUAAUAAAUACAAGUUUUUUACCACAAA